AUGAUGAUCAUUGUUCCCAUGACAACGUUUAUCGUCGUCUCUUUGGCCACAAUCGUCACUGUAGUCAGACUCAGGGCGGCGAUGGCCUGGCGACAGAAGUCGAGCUCCAGUACAAACAGUGGCCACACCCAGCAGACGGCAAUUUCCAAGAUGCUUGUCCUCGUGUCUUGCAUCUACAUUUUGACCACCAUCCCCUGGGUCCUCCUGUGCUUGACUGAGCUAACCCUGGCCGAGUUCUCCAUCAACGGCAGAUUCUACGUUCUGUACACGAGCAUGAACAGUGUUGUGUACUACUUUCCCUACAUCAACAGUUCUGUCAACAUCUUUAUCUACUACAACAGAUCUUCUCGCUUUCGACGCGAUGUUCAGGAAAUGUUUUCUAGUUGCUGUUCCCAGCACAGCACGGCACUGGUUUGCAAUUCCACCAUCGAUGUCACAGGACAGCAAAAGCCGAAGUGA